UUCUUCCUGCAACUCGAUAUUGAAAUUCUUAUACAAGAGGGAACCAGUCACUCUGCAAGAAUAACGACGAAGCCAUAUUGAACCCUCUAAAAUGAAUCUGACGUUUAUAAGCACGCUUUGGUUUGCGACCAUUGUGACGCGGGGAAGUAACGACAAGUCCAGACUCUAUCGAGAAAGUGGCGCCGAAUUCUUUUGGAAAGGAAUCAAAUAUCAUAAACUUGCUGGAGAACUUGGCCAACAAAAGAGCCUCGUCAAUACAUACUAUAAAAGUUUGGGAAUGGUUGAACCUGGAAGUAAGGAAGGCUGUGAGAGAAGCGGCAGGUUCUCCCUUGGAAAUACGACUACGGUUGAUAAAACAACUUAUAUAAGAGAAGCGCAGAGUGGGCAACCGAAGCACAUCGAAUGUCGGCAAGGGGAAGGGAAAACGUCUGCCAAGAAGACCGCGCCAUGUUGACAAAUCUCGUAUAGAAGAGAGACGGUAUUACACUCACCUGGGGACUUUGAUUUCUGAUUUUGCCAACAGCAUGGAAGCGAAGACUCUUAACAUCUACACCAAUGAACCAGCAAAUCUACGGCUUCUCAAGUCCAUCUCACGGAAGAACCCCCUGACUUGGAAAAUUCAUUCCUGUCCCAAGUGGAGGAAUUACCCAAGGUCAUUCCAAGGAAACUCCCAGAAUAGGAAUGAGUCAGUUCCUGCUGCCACCGGCCGAGCGUCUCCCAGGCCUGGACACGCCGGCGAGAAACACAGCCUUAUUGUGACCCUUUGCCACAGAGAGGGGACUGAGGCAACGCUGCUGGAAAUGAGUGACCAUCUCUCACAGUACGUGUGGUUGAUUGCCGGUCACGACUAUCAAGGAAACUGGUCACCAGAUGUCUACAUUCCUAUUGAUUCUAUGGUCGUAUCAUUGAAGGAGAUGACCCCUGGCGUAUUCCUCCUGGUGGACAUGUGGUUCCCCGCCAGGUACCUGGAAAUGAAACAGAGCCAUCUGGGUACUUGGUACGCCAAUGCUGCUGACAAAGGAGAGACUGAGGAAGAAUUCUUAGGAGGAAAUACAGAAUUCAUCAACAGGACCUCCUCACACACGUCCAAGGGCUCGACUAGACUGACCCUCAUGACUUCGGCGAAGUACGAUCGACGGAAGGACCUGUCAGGUGUCCACUUCGUGGUGACCUUCGUCAGGGACGGCCACGCCCAUUUCAAAACGUUUGACAGCGCUCAAAACAAACAUAUUUUGUCAGGGUUCUACGGCGAGGUCUUGGAAACGCUCAAGGAUCGCCUCAAUUUCACGUACACCAUUCGGACACCUGACGAUGGUGAAUAUGGCCGCCUGCGAAACGGAUCCUGGACAGGUUUGAUAUCUGAUGUCUUGAACAAGAGAGCUGACAUCAUCGUAGCUUUCCUCUCCCAGACGUACGAAAGAGCGCAAGUUAUCGACUAUUCUUCUGUACUUCUCAAAUUCAGUUAUCGCAUUUUUGCUCGCCCCUCAACCAAUGGCUUCCUUUCCUGGACUUCGUACACGCAGCCUUUUACUUCGGAGCUUUGGGUAUCUAUAGUCUCCGUAUUGUUUCUCCUAGCAGCUGCUCUUUGGAGUCUCUCUCACUAUUACCAAAUGAGUGUCGUCACGACAGGGGACGAGAGAGGCGGAAACUCUAAAACGAAAACUCUGGUAGAAGACGGGAAGAUAGAGCUGGAAUCCAACUUAGUACAAUGCAAGAGAGACUCUAUCGGCUGGCCCUACACACCUGACAUAACCGGACUCAGAAUAGUGUUUUGGACUGCCUACGUGUUUGGCGUGAUGGUUUUGACUUCGUAUUCGGCCAAGCUCGUGUCCUUCUUGGCUGUCACGGGGAAUGGACUUCUUUUCGACUCCCUGGAGGACCUCAGGGCCCUCGGGAAUUACCGUCUGGGAAUCCUCAAGGGCUCUGUCUUGGAGGAUUUCUUCAGGAAGCCCACCUUCCGAGUGUACUGGAAUUCGCUAAUAGCUCCUUACGAGGACACCCUCCCUCUCACCUACGAAGAGCUGCGGGGCAGCGCCCUCGCCAGUCCGAAAUACGGAUACGUAGGAUCCUACGAAGUCCAGAGACUAGAUCCUAUAGGAGCUUGCACAUUCCGCUCCGCGCGGCAGCACCUUCUAUUCAACGACGGGUCCUUGGCGUGGGGAAAAGGAUUCCCAUACGGACCUGUGCUGAACCAUUACAUAAAUAAAAUGAGGGAAACGGGCAUACUCCACAAACUCAAGCUGAAAUGGUACCCGGAGCCAUACAGCUGCCCAGCACCUAUGGUGAUCGCCUUGGAUUUGAAAAAGGUGUUCACUGCCUUCGUCCCUCUCGCCCUUGGGAUGGGACUCAGCGUCUUCAUCCUGCUUGGAGAGAUACUGUAUUCGCAUCUCACUCAUAAGACAAGACUGACUGAUAUUAGUGGAACAUCGAUGCAUCCGGAGCAACGUUGGCAACUACAAAGAUAAAAAUGAGAUUUUUCGAUGAUUAAUUAAAAAAAAAGUAAUUGUUUAUUUCAUUCAAUGAGAGAAGAAGGAUUUUCUGUGUUACAGAACAUAGUUUGAUUAAGGACUGAAUUGGCGUCUUGAUUUUGCUGAUAUCAACAAUCCCCAGUCGUAUAAAUAAAUAAAAAAAAAGCUGCUUGAAGUUAUUUGUUCGCAAAAUUGCUCAUAGUUAGCAAGCAUAUGGGAUAGACUUGAAGAUAAAUAUCCAAUUCAUUAUGAAAUUAAAUGUAAGUUCUUCCCUUUGAUUUCUUUUUUUUUUUACUUUUUUUUUUUUUUUUUUUUUUUUUUUUUUUUUUAGCUGACUUUGAAUGUCCGCAAACGACAUCAUUUUAACCAAUGAGGGGUGUCCGCGUGGAAUAAACAGCCAAUAACGAUUAGUUAAAAGAUAUCGACUGAAGACAUUUACCGUCAGUUCAAAAAAGGCUACAAUUGCGAUACUUUACUUUAAUCAGCAUUAGGAAAAAACCUUUAAGAAAUAAAAAUUUUCGGUACUUGAAGGUUCAGGGGAGACAUUAAUAUUUCUCCAGAAUGUCGGUUCCUUAUAAGUUAGCUGUGGGUUUCAAGGCCAGCCAAUCUCUGUAGGCAGUUUUGCCAUAUGGUUCAAGUCAGAUAGCAAACAAACCUUUAGCAAUCGUCCCUGAAUAUUAACUUCAAGUUUAAAGAAGAAAUAUGCCUUGUCAUAUCUCCAGACACUGUAUGCUUUCAAAGGUCAUUUCGUAAUGU